AUGACAGGGCCUCCCUCGCCCUCGAGCCCUGCGCAGAAAUCCAAAAAGGAGCAGGAUUAUGGCAAAUCCGCCGAAUUGAUUAUCCCCGCCCACUACAAACCGACACCGACGGAGCCCAAGCCGAACCCCGAGAUCCAUGAUCUGAUGCUGCGACUUUUGAAGGUCGGCCAGGCCAAUGGGCGGAUGACCACGACGAUCAAAGAGCUUGAACUGCUGAAGAUGUGCAAGGAAGCCAAAGCCGUAUUCAAGUCCCAGCCGUCGCUCAUCGAAAUUGACCCACCAGUGAUCAUUGUUGGAGACAUUCAUGGCCAGUACGCUGACCUGCUGCGCAUCUUCAAUGGAUCCGGAUUCCCGCCUGAUAAGAACUACAUGUUCCUGGGAGAUUAUGUGGAUCGGGGCAGCAAGAAUCUCGAAGUCAUCUCGCUUUUGUUCUGCUACAAGAUCCUCUACCCCGAGCACUUUUUCCUUUUGCGCGGCAACCACGAAUGCCUGAAUGUGAACAAGGUGUACGGCUUCCUCGAGGAGUGCAACCGCCGCUACAAGAGCAUGCGCCUUUGGCAGUUUUUCCAGGACGUCUUCAACAUGAUGCCGAUCGUGGGUAUCGUCGGCGGCAGAAUUUUGUGCAUGCACGGUGGCCUCUCGCGUGAUAUUGACAGCCUGGAUACGUUGCGAGCUCUUCGCCGCCCUGUGAUGCCGAUGACGGCGUCGAUCGAGCUUGAUCUGCUGUGGGCUGACCCCGAGAAGGGCAUUCAAGGCUUCAAGGCUAAUUCGCGUGGUGUCUCUUCCGUCUUUGGGGAAGACGUCGUCGAGGAAUUUUGCAAGAGGCUGGACAUCGACUUGGUUGCUCGGGCUCAUCAGGUCGUUCAGGACGGUUACGAAUUCUUCGCCGACCGCAAGUUGGUGACGAUCUUCUCGGCCCCGCAGUACUGUGGUCAGUUUGACAAUAGUGCGGCGACGAUGGAGAUUGCCGACACGAUGCAGUGCUCCUUCCAGGUGUACAAACCGACAGCCAAGUCGGUCCGGUUGGCCAUGGCCAAAAUCAAGGAGUUGCAAUUGGAAUCAUCUCAGGAAGCCUGGCCGAAGAAGGACGCGAAACCGAUGGGCCCAACGGAUGGGACGACAGCUCAAGAU